UGGUGCAGGCUUUACUAAGGAGGAUGCAAUCAUUGAUGAUGCUGGAAAUGACAUACACGUGUGAAUACUAAUGCAACUAAUGAUCAAAUUUAACAAUGACACUCUUAAGGAUGUCCAUAAGGCCAUGAGGCGCUUAACGCUAUUAGGCGAUGGAGAGCCUUCCGCUGAAGCUUAGCUGUUCAAGUUGGAGAUCGUGACCGUGGGCGGUCGAGUAAAGGUGGAUGAAGCAGUUGCUUCUCCCUUUUUGGUGGACUAUGUCUGAGUUUCUUUCUCCUUCUGAAAACUCUGUUGUUUAAACCUUAUCUCGCCACUUGUCUAAGUGAGCGUACUUAUUUUGGAACCCCGUUUAUGGUGUUGUGAACUACUCUAUGUUAUGUAUAUUAUUAUGUCGGGAAACAGGUUAUUUAAAUAAAGUUAUGUAACGUUUCCAACCCUAUGGUAUUUAGUCUUUUCAUUUUUUUUAAAAAAAUACCCUUGGAUUUUAGGGAUUGCAGAAUAGUCCUUAGACUUUGUUAGGUUACUUAAUGUGAUUCCUUAGUUGAGAAAUUGAGGCGUUACAAUGGAGGCCUUAGAAGGAAGGGCUCUUACCUGGUUUCAAUGGUGGACAAGUUGUAAUCCCAAUUCAUCAUGGGAAGGGUUCAAGAUUGCAGUGGUGAGGAGGUUUCAGCCUUCAAUGAUUCAGAACCCAUUUGAGUUGCUUCUUUCUCUGAAACAGAUGGGGUCAGUGAAGGAUUAUGCGGAAGAAUUUGAAAAAUUUGUUGGAUCUCUUAGAGAAAUUGAUCCAGAAUUUGUGAAAGGCACUUUCUUGAAGGGAUUGAAGGAAGAAAUCCGGAUAGAGGUACAAUUGUAUGAACUUCACUCUCUUUCUGAGGUUAUUCAAAAAUACAUCUUUAUUGAGCAAGAAAUGAGAGAAUCAGAGGCUGCGUCAGAGGCAGAGAGGGCGGUAGAAAAGGUGUUUCAGAGGCUUUCGGAGAAUGCAGCGCCGCACAAACCCAAUCUUGAUUCAGCAGAGACAGAGCAAACCGCGACCGUAGCGAUUCAGAGGUUCAAUCUUGAAACAGAGGGUGAACCAGCGAUAGUGAAUAAAGAGCGAGAUGCAGUUGAGGCAUUGCAACAUGAAUUGGAAUUCGCAUCAGUGGGAGCGCAAAGCCUAAUCUUUGAGAUGAAGUGA